AUGACCAAUACACCAGAUGAAAAUCAAGAGUCCUUGGCGAUCAGGAACACAGUGAUCAGUCGGGUUGUGGAAUUUAUAAAAAGCGGAGAAUUUUCAUACGAAGAUGCCGAGGGCGAGUGCAGUAUCAUGGUUGGGGCUAGCUUCGAGACAACCGCCGUAACAGUCUUUAGCACUCUUACCUUUUUGGCCAUGUUCCCCGAGUAUCAAGAUGCCGCCUUCGUAGAGCUUAAAGACGUCUUUCCAAAUGCAGGAGACUUUGAGGUCUCCAACGAUGAGAUACAGAAACUGGUGUACUUGGAUCGUGUGCUGAACGAGUCUCUGCGGUUGAUCCCAGCGAUUCCAUUGAUAGCACGGGAGACCUCCCAAGAAGUUAAGCUAUCCAAUGGCAUCCUAUUACCCAAAUCCCUGACUCUGUGUCUCGACAUAUUCCACACGCACCGCAACAAGGAUUCCUGGGGCCCAGAGGCAGACAAGUUUAACCCCGACAACUUUCUUCCCGAAAAUAUUUCGAAAAUUCAUCAGUACGCUUACAUUCCGUUCAACAAAGGAAAGAGAAGUUGCAUAGGCAUGAAAUAUGCAGAAAUAGCUGCCAAGGUUGCCCUGUCAAAGAUUCUAAGGAACUAUAAGUUAAGUACCAGCUUUCGUACUGAGGAUUUUGUAUUCAUUGAAAAUCUAAGUAUAGAUUUUGCUAAGAAACCUCUACUGGAACUGCAGCGAAGGGAUUAA